CACAUCACAGCUCUCUCCUGCAGAACGUGCGCAUCGACCCCAGCAGCCUGUCCUUUAGCAUGUGGAAGGAGAUCCCGGUGCCCUUCUACCUGUCCGUCUACUUCUUUGACGUGCUCAACCCCGAGGACAUCCUGAAGGGCGGGCGGCCGCAGGUGCGGGAGCGCGGGCCCUACGUGUACAGGGAGUUCCGGCACAAGAGCAACAUCACCUUCAACGACAACGACACGGUGUCCUUCCUCGAGUACCGCAGCUACCAGUUCCAGCCCGACAAGUCCCACGGCUCCGAGAGCGACUACAUUGUCAUGCCCAACAUCCUGGUCCUGGGCGCCGCCGUGAUGAUGGAGCACAAGCCCAUGAGCCUGAGGCUGCUCAUGACCCUGGCCUUCACCACCCUGGGCGAGCGCGCCUUCAUGAACCGCACGGUGGGCGAGAUCAUGUGGGGCUACGAGGACCCCUUGGUGCACCUCAUCAACAAGUACCUCCCGGGCAUGUUCCCCUUCCAGGGCAAAUUCGGGCUCUUCGCCGAGCUCAACAACUCCAACUCUGGGCUCUUUACCGUGUUCACGGGGGUCAAGGACUUUGGCAGGAUUCACCUGGUGGACAAGUGGAACGGGCUGAGCAGGGUCAACUUCUGGCAUUCCGACCAGUGUAACAUGAUCAAUGGGACUUCCGGGCAGAUGUGGGCGCCGUUCAUGACCCCUGAGUCCUCGCUGGAGUUCUACAGCCCCGACGCCUGCCGGUCCAUGAAGCUGGACUUCCAGGCCACAGGGGUGUUUGAAGGCAUCCCCACCUACCGCUUCGGGGCGCCCCCCACCCUGUUUGCCAAUGGGUCCGUCUACCCGCCCAACGAGGGCUUCUGCCCGUGCCGGGAGUCCGGGAUCCAGAACGUCAGCACCUGCAGGUUCAGUGCCCCUCUGUUCCUGUCCCAGCCUCACUUCCUCAACGCUGACCCCGUCCUGGCCGCAGCGGUGGGCGGCCUGCACCCCAGCCAGGAGGAGCACUCCUUGUUCUUGGACAUCCAUCCGGUCACUGGGAUCCCCAUGAAUUGCUCCGUGAAGCUGCAGCUGAGCCUGUUCAUCAAAGCUGUCAAAGGCAUCGGGCAAACCGGGAAGAUUGAGCCCGUGGUCCUGCCGCUGGUGUGGUUUGGCGAGAGCGGCGCCAUGGAGGGCGAGCCGCUGCGCACCUUCUACACGCAGCUGGUGCUGCUGCCCAAGGUGCUGCACUACGCGCAGUACGUGCUCCUGGCGCUGGGCUGCUUCCUGCUGCUGGUCCCCGUCGCCUACCACGUGCGGAGCCAGGAGAAGUGCUAUUUGUUUUGGAGUAGUAGUAAAAAGGGCCCCCAGGAUAAGGAGGCCAUUCAGGCCUAUUCUGAAUCCCUGAUGACACCAGCUCCCAAGGGCGCGGUGCUGCAGGAGGCGAGGCUGUAG